ACAACUAGACCGUAGUACUAAGUAGACACUCAACUAAUUAAUUACAAACUAAUUAAAAUCGAUUUUAAUUGUAUUUCCAGAAAACUUUAAUCAGCGCCAACACCUUAAGAACCGGACCAGAAAAGAAAUUUCCUUCCCAAAACGAACCCCAAACUUCUAGAACGAAAUCUGUUCCAAUCGCAUCGCGUUUCCUCCUCCAGAAACGAAAACGCCGAGGGCAAAAUCGGAAACACGCAGUCUUGAAAAUUCGCGGGGCUUUUAGUCCAAAGAUAAAAUGACCAUAAUACCCCCACAGCUCAGAGUGCUCGUGCAUGCCGAUGAGUUCCCAACAGUCCUCAUUUCUCUCCAAGUCUGUUAGGAUUUCUGGUUAAAUCAAAACUCUCGGAAGUAAAAGAUCCCUAAAAAAAAAUUAACAGAGAGAGAGAGGGUGAGUGAUCGGACGGUCGAGAUCGGCCGCAGGUGGUGAGGCAGAAACAAUGGCGGCGGCGUCGAACGGGAGCGAGUACUUCGAGAUAGAGGCGGGGAACGAGUCGUUCGCUCGGCCUUCGAAUGCCGAGUCGGUAGCGGAGGACGAGGAGGAGCUGAUGUGGGCGGCGAUCGGGAGGUUGCCGUCGCAGAGGCGGUCGAACACGGCGCUGGUGAGGAAGAGGGAGUCCGAUGAAAGAAGCGGUGGCGAAAAGGUGGAGACGGUCGACGUGAGGAAGCUGGAUCGGUUCAAUCGGGAGCUCGUCGUCAAAAAAGCGUUGGCCACUAACGAUCAAGAUAACUAUCUCUUGCUCUCCGCUGUUAAAGAGCGUCUCGAUAAAGUGGGAUUGGAGGUCGCAAAGGUUGAAGUACGGUAUGAUAAUCUGAAAGUGGUGGCAAACGUUCAGACUGGAUCAAGAGCCUUGCCUACUCUAAUCAACUAUACUCGUAAUGCUUUAGAGGGUAUUUUAACUGGUUUGAGGAUAUUUCGACCUAAGAGACAUUCUUUAACCAUUUUGAACAACAUUAGAGGCGUUGUUAAACCCGGAAGGAUGACAUUGCUUUUAGGUCCUCCAGGUUCUGGAAAAUCCACUUUGCUUUUGGCUCUUGCAGGAAAACUUGACCCCAACUUAAAGAAAAGCGGUACCAUUACCUACAAUGGCCAUAAGCUCAACGAGUUUUGCGUUCAAAGAACUGCAGCUUACAUCAGCCAAACAGAUAAUCAUAUUGGAGAACUGACCGUAAGAGAAACAUUGGAUUUUGCAGCUAGAUGUCAAGGUGCAAGCGAAGGCUUUGCAGCAUACAUGAACGAUUUGGUACGGUUAGAGAGGGAAAGGAACAUAAGGCCGGAUCCAGAAAUUGAUGCAUAUAUGAAGGCAUCAUCUGUUGGCGGUAAAAAGCACAGUGUUUCAACAGAUUAUGUGUUGAAAGUGCUCGGUCUUGAUGUAUGUUCAGAGACAAUUGUUGGAAACGAAAUGGUAAGAGGCGUAUCAGGUGGACAGAGGAAAAGGGUCACCACAGGAGAAAUGGCUGUUGGCCCAAGAAAAGCCCUAUUUAUGGAUGAAAUUUCUACCGGACUUGAUAGUUCUACUACAUUCCAAAUUGUAAAAUGCACUCGGAACUUUGUUCAUCUAAUGGAUGCGACAAUACUAAUGGCUCUUCUUCAGCCUGCGCCCGAGACAUUUGAUCUCUUUGAUGAUCUGGUGCUGUUAUCAGAAGGGCAUGUGGUUUAUCAUGGUCCCAGAGCCCAAGUAUUGGAAUUCUUCGAGUCAUUAGGCUUUCGUCUACCCCCACGCAAGGGAGUUGCAGAUUUUCUUCAAGAGGUGACUUCUAAAAAGGACCAAUCUCAGUAUUGGGCAGAUAAAUCGAAACCAUACGUGUACCUUUCUGUUCCACAAAUUGCUGAAGCCUUCAGAAAUUCCAAAUUUGGAAGGACUCUGGAGUCUGAGCUUUCGGAUCCAUAUGAUAAGUCUAAUACUCAUCCUGCAGCGUUGGCAAAAUCAAAAUAUGCAGUCUCAAGAUGGGAGCUUUGUAAAGCAUGCUUUUCACGAGAAACCCUGUUGAUCAGCAGGCAUAAGUUUCUUUAUAUAUUUAGGACGUGCCAGGUUGCAUUUGUUGGAUUUGUUACAUGCACAAUGUUUCUGCGAACAAGACUGCACCCGACAGAUGAGGGACAUGGAGAACUUUAUCUUUCUUGCUUGUUUUUUGGGCUGGUGCACAUGAUGUUUAAUGGAUUUUCUGAGCUGCCUCUUAUGAUAUCUCGGCUCCCAGUCUUUUACAAGCAAAGGGACAAUUUCUUUCAUCCUGCGUGGGCAUGGUCUGUCGUGAGUUGGCUUCUGCGUAUUCCUUACUCCAUUAUUGAAGCUGUUGUAUGGUCUUGUGUUGUGUACUACACUGUUGGUUUUGCUCCUGCUGCUGGAAGGUAUUCUCUGUUUACUCAUACGCUCAAAGUUGCUCAAAUUCUUACAGUUUGUCCAAUACUCAUCACUUUUCAUAAAUAUUUCAGGUUUUUUCGUUUCAUGCUUUUACUGUUCUCAGUGCACCAAAUGGCUUUGGGUCUCUUUCGGUUCAUGGCUUCUAUUACGCGAGAUAUGGUCAUUGCCAAUACAUUUGGAUCAGCUGCGCUACUAAUUAUAUUCUUGCUGGGUGGAUUCAUCAUUCCGAAAGCAAGCAUUAAGCCAUGGUGGGUUUGGGCCUUUUGGGUAUCACCACUAUCUUAUGGGCAACGAGCUAUGUCCGUAAACGAAUUUGCUGCUACAAGGUGGAUGAAGAAAUCUUCUGUUAAUGAUGACACAAUCGGGUACAAUAUUCUUCACUCACACAGCUUACCAACUGGUGAUCAUUGGUAUUGGAUUGGAGUUGGUACCUUAUUGCUUUAUGCCAUACUUUUCAAUGGCCUUGUGACUAUGGCCUUGCUUUACCUAAAUCCACUUAGGAAGAACCAGACAGUGGUUCCAGUUGACAAAACAGAAGGGAGCCCUGCUGCAGAUGUGGCUGAAUCAAAGCCAACAUCGACUGAAACUAGCAGCCCCAAAAAGGGAAUGAUCUUACCGUUUCAGCCAUUGACAAUGACUUUCCAUAAUGUUAAUUACUUUGUUGACAUGCCAAAGGAAAUGAAGUCGCAAGGAAUACCAGAAAAUAAGUUGCAACUCUUGGCGAAUGUGAGUGGAGUAUUUUCACCAGGCGUUCUUACUGCUUUAGUUGGGUCUAGUGGAGCUGGUAAGACCACUUUGAUGGAUGUCCUUGCUGGUAGGAAAACUGGAGGAUACAUUGAAGGAGAUAUCAGAAUAUCUGGUUACCCAAAAGAGCAACGUACUUUUGCCAGAAUAUCGGGAUAUGUUGAGCAAAAUGACAUACAUUCUCCUCAAGUUACAGUUGAGGAAUCCCUGCUGUUUUCUUCUUCUCUUCGCCUGCCAAAGGAAGUCAGCAAAGAGAAAAGACUUGAAUUUGUUGAAGAAGUAAUGAGAUUAGUAGAGCUUGAUCCUCUAAGGCAUGCUUUGGUCGGCAUGCCUGGCAGUUCAGGCUUAUCAACAGAGCAAAGAAAACGCCUGACAAUCGCUGUGGAGCUUGUUGCAAAUCCUUCAAUUAUCUUUAUGGAUGAACCUACAUCAGGACUCGAUGCAAGGGCAGCAGCCAUUGUGAUGCGGACUGUUCGUAAUACUGUUGAUACAGGAAGAACGGUUGUCUGUACUAUACAUCAACCAAGUAUUGAUAUAUUUGAGGCAUUCGAUGAGCUUCUUCUUAUGAAACGAGGGGGGCAAGUUAUAUAUGGGGGAAAGCUUGGUUUGCACUCGCAGACAAUGAUAAAUUAUUUUCAGGGAAUCAACGGAAUCACUCCAAUUCCCAGAGGGUACAAUCCAGCAACCUGGAUGCUUGAGGUUACUACACCUGCUUGUGAAGAGAGAAUUGGUAAAGACUUUGCAAACGUUUACAGAAUUUCAGACCAAUACAGGGAGGUAGAAGAGUCCAUCAAACAAUUUAGUAUUCCUCCAGCUGGUUCAGAACCACUGAAGUUUGCAUCGACAUAUUCUCAAACUACAAUGUCGCAGUUUUUGAUCUGCUUAUGGAAACAAAAUCUUGUAUAUUGGAGAAGUCCACAUUAUAAUGCCAUGAGGUUGAUUUUUACAACGAUCAGUGCACUGGUAUUUGGUUCUGCAUUUUGGAAUGUUGGUACAAAAAGGGACUCACCUCAAGCGCUAAUGACGGUUAUGGGAGCUCUUUAUGCUGCUUGCUUGUUUCUUGGGGUCAAUAACGCUUCUUCAGUGCAACCAAUUGUUUCAAUUGAGAGGGCAGUAUUCUAUCGAGAGAAAGCAGCCGGGAUGUAUUCUCCAUUAUCUUAUGCAGCUGCACAGGGCCUUGUCGAGAUCCCAUACAUUGCUGUGCAGACAAUAGUAUACGGUGUAAUCACAUACUUCAUGGUUCAUUUUGAAAGGACGCUUAGAAAGUUUUUGCUCUAUAUUGUGUUCAUGUUCCUCACAUUCACCUACUUUACCUUCUAUGGUAUGGCGGCUGUUGGUCUCACACCUUCUCAACAUCUUGCGGCUGUUGUCUCCUCCGCUUUCUACUCUUUGUGGAAUCUCCUCUCGGGUUUUCUUGUCCCAAAGCCGCAUAUCCCGGGAUGGUGGAUGUGGUUUUACUACAUCUGUCCAGUGGCAUGGACCCUUCGAGGUAUUAUCACCUCGCAACUUGGUGAUGUGGAGACCACGAUGAAAGGACCUACGUUUCAGGGCACCGUGAAAGAGUACUUGGAGGUCAAUCUUGGUUAUGGCCCUGGGAUGAUUGGAGUUUCAGUCGCCGUGCUUGUUUGCUUUUGCCUCCUUUUCUUCAGCGUCUUUGCACUCUCAGUGAAGUUACUCAACUUUCAGAAAAGAUGAGUCGAGGGUUCAGUUCUUCCAACUUCAUGAUCUUCUCGCGUUUCAGAAUCUUGAAAAACGAUCCAUCAUCCAUGUCAUGAGUAAGAGACUAAGUUCCACAUCAAAGUUGUCGGAGAAAUCAAAGCUCAAGUGGCAGAGCCUUCGCUUACAACGCCAUCUACUGGUCAUCAAAAUCAUAAAUUUUCCCUUCUCACUAAGGAACUCAUGAGGAUAGUUACAAUCUAUGGAGAAAUUUAUAUAUGAAUUAGCAGUCCCAAUUUAACAGUUGAACUCUAUAAGCAGGGAGAAGUAUAUAGACUGCUGUCUACCUAUACAUUCUAUUGUCGAUUAACUGUUCGAUUUGAGAAUAUUAAUAAGAAUAGACAAUGCAAUGUUUUCA